GAGAGGAUAAAAAGAAAAAAAAAAAUCACAACCUCGAAAGUGAGGGAAAAGAGGGGCAAAGACGCCGGUGGUUGUUUCUUGAGAACCCACGGCGCCACCACCGAAGGGGAAACGAAGGGAAAGAGGGGGAAGGGCGCAGCCGAGAGAGGAAAGAGGCGAGGGAGGCCGGGAGAUCGCCGGAGAUGGGCGACGGGCGGGGCGCCGUUGGCGGCCGGCCGGCGUGGCUCCAGUUCUACGAUCUGGUGGGGAAGAUUGGGGAGGGGACGUACGGGCUCGUGUUCUUGGCCCGGACCAAGCACCGCAAGGGCUGCAUCGCGAUCAAGAAGUUUAAGCAAUCCAAGGAGGGCGAUGGCGUCUCCCCCACGGCCAUUCGCGAAAUCAUGCUAUUACGGGAAAUUUCUCAUGAGAAUGUCGUCAAACUUGUAAAUGUACACAUCAACCAUGCUGAUAUGUCACUAUAUCUCGCAUUUGACUAUGCUGAGCAUGACUUGUAUGAAAUCAUCAGACAUCAUAGAGAGAAGCUUAACCAUCCAAUCAAUCAGUACACAGUGAAGUCACUUCUUUGGCAACUGCUCAAUGGGCUCAAUUAUCUUCACAGUAAUUGGAUUAUACAUCGAGAUCUCAAGCCAUCCAACAUUCUGGUUAUGGGUGAGGGCGAGGAACAUGGAGUUGUGAAAAUUGCUGAUUUUGGACUUGCUAGAAUAUAUCAAGCUCCAUUGAAACCUUUAUAUGAAAAUGGGGUUGUGGUAACGAUCUGGUAUCGUGCUCCUGAGCUUCUACUUGGAGCAAAACACUAUACAAGUGCUGUUGAUAUGUGGGCUGUUGGAUGCAUUUUUGCUGAGCUACUGACUCUGAAACCGUUGUUUCAAGGGGUGGAAGUCAAAGGUACUCCUAACCCAUUUCAGCUUGAUCAAUUGGACAAGAUAUUCAAGGUCUUAGGGCACCCUACACCUGAGAAGUGGCCCACUUUAGCAUGUCUUCCAUACUGGCAAAAUGAUCAACAACAUAUACAGGCACAUAAGUAUGACAACCCGGCUCUCCAUAGCUAUGUCCAUUUACAACAAAAGAGUGCGGCAUACGAUCUCCUUUCAAGGAUGCUUGAGUAUGAUCCUCAAAAGCGAAUAACUGCAGCAGCAGCUUUGGAGCAUGAGUAUUUUCGGAUGGAUCCUCUGCCAGGGCGGAAUGCACUGGUGCCAUCCCAGCCAGGAGAGAAAGCUGUGAAUUACCCUGCGCGUCCUGUUGACACUACUACAGAUUUUGAAGGGACAACCAGUGUUCAACCUUCUCAAUCGGUAUCAUCCGGAAAUGCUGUUCCUGGGAGUGUCGCAGCUGCAGCUGUGGUGGCCCCUAGACAAGUUCCUCGAUCAAUGCCUGUGGUUGGAAUGCAAAGGAUGCCAGGUGGGGGGAUGGCACCUUUUAAUAUUGCAUCCCAAGCUGGCAUGGGUGGUCUGAAUCCUGGUAAUAUUCCUAUGCAAAGGGGUGUGGCUGCUCCAGCUCAUCCGCAGCAGUCAAGGAGAAAAGAUCCAGGAAUGGGACUGCAGAAUACCGGGUAUCCUCAGCAGAGGAGGCGCUUUUGAUGUAGAUGUUUCAUUUUCCUACAUCUUCUCAAGGUUUCCACUUUGGACGUCAUAUCAGAUGGAACAAUAGGGAAGCCAUCAAUCAUUGAGAUGCUCUACUCUGCGAAGAGUCUCAGAUGAGCAAAAACAGAAGCAAAGACCCUUUCCUUCUAUAUAUACUUCAAACUUGCGUGUUGCAUCAAUGUUGUUUUGCAAACUCUAUAAUCUGGGACUUGCCCAUAUUAUAUUUAUUACAUUAGAUUUAUAUUAGCAGGUAAUUAUUUUUAUCGGAUAAAUCCUGCCUACUUUAAUUCCAUUUCAAGCAGUUAUGGGCAUUGUUCUAUUCAAGGUCAUGUGAAGAAAAGAUAAUCUUAUUAGCAUCAGAAUGGAUUUUGUGAGUCCUUGUAUC